UCCGCUCACCUCCUGCCUGGCUGUCGCUGCGAGCUGCCGCUCGAUACGAUCCAAGCGACGAGCGCGCCUGGCCGCGUAGAAACUCUUUCGCCGAUCGAAGCCUCCUCGCGCUCGAUAUUGGCGAACGAUACAGUGCUGCCGAGAGUGAAAGUGCACCGUCGGUCUUCGCCAGGCGGAAAUGUUCUGUCUUGGAAGCGCGGUGACUGGUGCUAAAGUUGUGCCGCGCGAUCGUUCGCGGUCGCAGUGUUGGUAAUCAGCUGUGCCGGGGACCGAGAGAUGAGCGCCGCCUGAUCGGGCCGAGCCAGCAAAGUUGGAGCGAGCGUUAGUCAAGUUACCGGCGAGCCGACGAUGAAGGAGAUGGACUCCGGUGUGGAGGAGACCGACCUGGACGUGGGCUCGGCCAGCGAAGAGACGGAGACGAUGGAUCUGAAGAUCCGCGCCAAUCCGAAGCCGUUCAGCAUCGAGAGCCUGAUAGGCAGCGCCGGCAAGGCCAGCGGGCAGGGGAACGAGGACGAGGAGAAGGGCGGCAGCGCCAGCGAGGAGAGCGCCAACCGACUGCUCUACCAGCAGCACUGCCUCGCGACGGCCAGCGGAGCUCUGCCGGGUUUCGCGAUGCCGCUGAGUCUGUACAGCGCGUGGCUGCAGCCCAUGCGGAUGUACGGCGGCGGCGCGAGCGGCCCCUGCCUGCCGCCGUCGCACCUGGCCAGCUACCCGUCCAGCCAGCCGCACCAGCAGAGCCACCACCUCAGCCAGCUGAGCCUGAACCACCUCCAGGGCGCGGCCUACCCGGCGGCGGCGGCGGCCGCGCGCCUCCUGUCCUCCGCGGCGGCGGCCGCGGCCGCGGCCAACUUCACCGACGACAGCGAGGACGAGGGCAGCCUGUCGCCCUCCUCGCCCUCGGCCCACGACCUGACCAAGUCCCAGCACGGCUCGGAGAACGGGCGUGCCUCGGCGGACAACAGCGAGGACGAGGGCGCGACGACGGGAGGGGCUGCCGGCGACGCCGACUCCGCCGGCCAGGCCGCUUCCUCGGGGUCCGCCGGCGCGGGCAACAAGGCGCGCCGGCGGCGCACCGCCUUCACCUCCGAGCAGCUGCUCGAGCUCGAGAGGGAGUUCCACGCCAAAAAGUAUCUCAGCCUGACCGAGAGGUCGCACAUCGCCCACGCGCUCAAGCUCUCGGAGGUGCAGGUGAAAAUCUGGUUCCAAAACCGCCGAGCCAAGUGGAAGCGCGUGAAGGCAGGCCUGACGAGCGGCGGCGCGGGCAACCCGGCCGGUCGCGGGGCAGCGGGCUCCGGGGCGCAGUCGGGCGGCGGGCCGCGGAUCGUCGUGCCGAUCCCGGUGCACGUGAGUCGGCUGGCCGUGCGCUCGCACCAUCACCACUUGGAGAAGUGCCCGCAGCCGACGGCGCCCAACGGGAGCAGCGCCGCGGCGGCCGGCCUCAACCUGACGGCGAGGAUACCCAGCUCGCCCUGCCCCAGCGGCGGCGGCGGCGGCGGCGGCGGCGCGCUGAGCAUAGGAUCGCCGGGCGCGCUGAGGGCGUUCUCCGCCCCGCGACCCUCGAGCGCCGGAUCGGCCAGGUAGCCGAGCGCCUGAGCGACGCCAAGCGUCUUCGGCCCGGACGCGCUCGUUCGGCGCGGCUUCGAGUGCCAAAGCGAGUAGCGAUCGUCGGCGCCGCCGACUUGUCGGAGGUGAGCGCGCGCGAGCGCGAGGCAGCCUACGAGCACUCGAGCAUCGCGAACCCUCUGGCAGCCGCGCGUGCACGCCACUCCGCGCUUAAUUCGAGCCGCGUAUACAAAUCGCCAUUUCAAAUGAAUUAAUGGACAAAUCUUGUACACCUAUCCCGCCGAGACUCGCGCCGGGGAGCGAAGGGCGAGAGCACAAAGGGUGAAUUAUGAAUACAUAUUCGCCGACGGGAGCGAGAGAGCGAGCGCUGCCGCACCCACGAUUCGCUUAUAGACCAUAUUUUUCGCUGAUCUUUUGCGGGAUAUACGGCCGAUUAUUUAUGGCUGUACUCGAUGUAUUUUAAAUAUUAUUUGCUCGAUAAUUGAUCAAUUGCACUCUGACUAUUUUUUCACUCGACUCAGCCGGACAUGUGGGAUAUUCCUGUUGCAUCAAUUCACCUCAUACAUUUAAUAAUCAGUCUAAAUUGAGCCAUAUACCUAUUGUACGUGUGAAGCGCUUCUUCUGCAAAUAAUUUCAACAGCGCCGUCGUUAUUUUCAAACUCGAUUGCAAUGAGCUUCGACUCGCGUUCUCUAAUUAUCUUAUGAUACUGCACACUCGGCUGCACGUGACGGGCCGGCCGCGCCAAUAUAAUGGUUCAAAUUAAAUUAAAAUACUUCAUUUUCUCACGACUACACCGUAAUCAUAAGACACGAUAGCGCGAAGCAUCGUUUCAGUAGCGGCGGUGCCAUAGCCUGAUUAUCGAGAUACCGGCAAACAAUCUCGGAGGACUUUUAGUUGGUCAAGAUGUAGCGUGAACUACAUGUAACGUGUUUAAUUGUGAACACAAUAACGUCAUUGUACAUAUAGCAGUAACGAGAUGUAAAUAACCCGAUGAAUUUUUGCCAAACCGUUUGAAUAUUUAUACGAGUGGCAUUAGCUAUGAGAUGUUCACGAUGUAUAUCACUUACUAGUAUUUUUUUACAAUAAUUUUCGUACGUUUAAAGUAUUAUUAUCGGCCGCGGACCGAUGCCGCUAUACGCGAAGAGGCAGAGCGAAAAGAAAACUGGCAGUGUCGCGCGUAUAGCAAGAUCGACCUGUGCGUUUGCCUGUACAUAAAUAUACAUAUGACUUAUACUGUAUGAUUAUGUAACGUAUAGACGACCACGCACAAUAAGCGAUAAUCUCUCGUGGUUGGGUAAGUCGAAUUACACCUUGAUGGUGCACACAAAGGCCAAACCGAGUGGAGGCACCGUUGCCUAAAGGCACCGCGCAUUAAGGAUCUGUAUUAAAAGCGAGCAGGCGACGUCAACCGUCGUCAUGUACGAAAGCGCAAUAAAACAUGUUACCUAU